AAUAACAUCUCCAUACCUGCGCUCACCUAGCAAACGCUCCGCACGAGUGACGUCUGUCAUACGCAAUUAUGUACCUGGAGAUAGUGUGAUACUGUAAGAGGGACUAGAACAACAUUCUAAGUUAAGUUAUUUCUUCCAACUGGGUUGUCCCGUCUUAAAUGAUGAUGAUGAAGUGGCCAGUAGCGGUUCUGUUGCUGUAUUUAUUUAUUCAAGCGGAAGGAAGACUGUGCAAACGAAGCGGUUGUUACUGCCAGAACAACAGGGUUCCAACUGGUAACAUGUGUGAAUGUGGAACUGGUCACUAUGGCUACGACUGUGGAUUAGCUACAAGUAACUUGUGUCACACCAACUUGUGCAAAAACGGAGGCGUCUGUCACGACAAUAAUAAAUGUUACUGUCAUCCAGACUACUUCGGGGACAUCUGUCAAUUUGAAACGACGCCUGUGAACUGUGGAAUGGAUAGCAUGCAGGUUGGGUUUGCUAUUCCAAAGGACCAGGCUGUUAGAAUCUUUGCUGCAGCGAACGAGGCUUGUGAAUUCCGAAGAGUUUCUGAAAGCUACGGACAUGCAAUUUAUAUGCUCGAAGUCAAUCUUACUACAACACGGAGUGUUCCAUGCAUGAACGUUAUCACUGAAUCUAGACAAGGUGACAUGACGACUUAUGCUAUUGAUGGCUAUGUAGCUGAGGAUAUUGAACUCUAUACGCCUAAGGAUUGGGCUGUGACAUUUGAAUGUACCUAUACCUCUGUAGGCACACCAUCACAGAGGGAUGUCACCGCUGAAUCCUCGGACAUUUUGUUCGCGUUUACAGACGUUAAUGGAACGUUGGUCGACAACAUCGCAAAAUACCAGCCAUUCGACAUAGUUUUCUUCCUCAGGCCUAACUCAACUUAUCUAAAUCUACAUCUUAACAAGCUUGUGGUGUACAACCAGAACUCUAACGUUAAAAUGUUCACAUUAAUUGAAGCCGGUGAAAUUAACUAUAUCUCCGAGAAAUGGAAUCUCUACCGAGACCUGGGACCAGAAAAGACAGCUCAGACGCAGUUUGAGUUCGAAGUAGCUGAAAACGUGACAGUUCCUGCCGUUAAGGUGAAAGUGACCGGUCUGCCAGAUCAAGCCUCCAUCUAUGUAGACUAUGAUAUUAGGGUCUGCCAGACACUGCAAUGUCGAUCAAAUACGUUCAGCAGACAAGGGGGAGAGUUUUUCGAUCUGCACGGAACCAGGGGCUUAUAAAGUAAAUUUUUGAUUUAAGAAAUAGCAUACAAAUAACCAUGUUUUCAUUUCUGAAAUUCGUGCAUUUACCAAAUAAACAUGUUAUAUUAUUA